AUGGACGAUCUUAUGAUUGAUACAAACGGAUUGGGUGAUAAUUCAGACAUCGAAGGUGAUGAUAUAAGAUGUGAUAAUAUAGCAGAAAAAGACGUAAGCGAUGAAGAAAUCGACGCAGAAGAUUUGGAAAGAAGGAUGUGGAAAGAUAGAAUCAAACUCAAAAGAAUCAAAGAAAAACAAAAGAUUUUAGCACAACAAGCUGCAGAAAAGCAAAAAGCAAAGCAAACAAGUGAUCAAGCUCGAAGGAAAAAAAUGUCAAGAGCUCAAGAUGGGAUCUUAAAAUACAUGUUGAAACUCAUGGAAGUCUGCAAAGCACGUGGAUUCGUUUAUGGCAUCGUUCCCGAAAAAGGCAAACCUCCAUAG